AUGACUAAACCCUCUCCAAAAUGGAAAGGUAACAAUGUGGGUACCUACACAGUAAAUCCCUCCAAACCUGUAGUGAAUGUACCUCCUAAAAUUACUACGACAGGAUCUCUGAAUACAUCCAUUAUACAACAACUGGCUGAUCAGCUAAAACUGAAACCCUUGUGUCAAAUGAAAUUAGGAGGCUAUACCAGUCCAGUAAAGGCUAUUGUUGUUGACAAAAUUCCAUUUGACCUCUAUGUUUAUGGUCUCGGAAAUACCACCAAACUUCUCAAACGUAAUGGGAUGAAGUUGGCUGAUUACAAAAUAAAUUCUGAUCGCCUCAACGAUGUCGGAACCUACGCCUAUACGGCUGACAUAAGUAAGGUUUUCCUUAGAGUAGGUCUACAAGAAGAAGACCGCAAUUUCACAAAGUUCCUCUGGAUAAAGCAUCCUAAUGAUCCCCGAAGUGAAAUCAUAACUUACAGAUUUGCAUCAGACUUAUUUGGAGCUACCUCUUCAUUGUUUCUACUGCAAGCAACAUUUGAUACACAUUUGAAGAAAUUGGAAAGUCCUCACAAGAUUGAAAUUAGCAAUAAUUUAUAUGUUGACAAUUUCCAGGGAACUACAAAUGACAAGUCAAAAUUAAUCUAA